GUUCCGGCAGGCGGAGCACACCGAGCGGCGCUUCCCAUUAGUCCACGUGCGCGAAAGGCGUCCCGGGAGGAAAAAAGACCCCGGAUGUCGGAGCCAGUUAAGAAAGUAGGGACCGACUUGGGAACAUCCUAGUCUCACAAAGAGAGGCCUCCCAAGGUGCUCCACCCGCCUCCCCGGCGCCGAGCAGCGUCUACACCCGCAGGAACCCACCACCUGAGACGUCGCUCCUGCCGACGACGCCCGCCGAGCUACGCUGCACAGACACACAACUAUCGUCCCCGGCAACGGCUUCUCCCUUCCGCGAGCUAAUCACGGCGGGCAAACUCGAUCUCAGUGUGCAGGCCUGAAUAUCUCUCAUCCAAUUCUUUUAAAAACUGAAAAUCUCCAUCCUUGGGAGAUUUGGGGAGAUCCUCUUACUCUUCCUGAAGACCCCAAAUGACUUCUCCAUGCUCUUUCCCCCUAAAACCCACAAUCCCCCCAAUAAUUCAUGAGACCCCAGACACCAGUAUUCCACCUCCUUUACCUCUAAGUCCCCCGGACCUAGCUUUACCAUCCCCUCGUAGUCUCCAUACAUCUAUUUCAUCCCCAUUGCCGCCCCCUCCUCCCCUGCCUCCUCCCCUCCCUCCCCCUCUGCCCUCUGCUGUGGAGCCUGUUCUCCCUCAUGUCUACGGCCUGAAGAACAGCCAGCUCCUGAAGGAGGCCUUAGAGAAGGCUGGCCCAGCCCCCAAAGGCAAAGAGGAUGUGAAGAGGCUCCUGAAGCUGCACAAGGACCGGUUUCGAAGUGACCUGCAGUGGAUCCUCUUUUGUGCUGACCUGCCAUCAUGCAUCCAGGAAGGCCCUCAGUGUGGACUGGUGGCCUUGUGGAUGGCAGGAGCUCUUCUGUCAACACCUGACAGCGUCUCUCUGGAAAGACUAGUGCAGGUGGCCAAGGAGAGAGGCUACACCGCACAGGGAGAAAUGUUCUCAGUGGCUGACAUGGCCAAACUGGCCCAGGAGACUUUGGACUGCCACGCUGAGCUCCUGUGUGGUGGCUUGGGUGGUCCCAACAGAGAACGAGUUCUACAGCACCUCAUCACUGGACAUCCCCUGCUCAUUCCCUAUGAUGAGGAUUUCAACCAUGAGCCGUGUCAAAAGAAAGGCCAUAAGGCCCACUGGGCAGUGAGUGCAGGGGUCCUGAUAGGUGUGCAGAAUGUGCCAAGCCCCGGCUACAUUGAAGACUCUGAGUUACCAGGCCUCUUCCACCCAGUGCCUGGUGCACCCCACCAACCACCAUCCUUCCCAGAGGAAAGCUCCCCAGGUGCCAUCUUCCUUCUCUCCAAGCAGGGCAAGAGUUGGCAUUACCAGCUGUGGGACUACAGCCAAGUCCGGGAUAGCAACCUGCAGCUGACAGACUUCUCACCUGCAAGGGCUGCCGAUGGACAGGUGUGGUAGCACAUACUUCUAAACCCAGCACUCGAAGGUGCAGCAGCGGCUCUCAACCUGUGGGCCAUGCAGCCGUACCUGUACUACUGUUUCUUCCACCCCUUCAACCUCCUAAUGGUAGACAGGAGAGAAAAGGAUGGAGGGGAAGGGGCCAGCAUUAUCCUUCAACUACUUGCUGCUGAUGGGGCGUCAAGUUCCUUGGGGGAAGUUUGAUCUUUGCUGUCAGGAUAUCUAAUGUCUUCUUCCUCCUUUUUCUUUUCCCUUAAGAUUUAUUUAUUUAUUCAUUUCAUGUAUGUGAGUAAACUGUAGCUGUCUUCAGAGACACCAGAAGAUGGCAUUGGAUCCUAUUACAGAUGGUUAUGAGCCACUAUGUGGUUGCUGGGAAUUGAACUCAGGUCCUCUGGAAGAGCAGUCAGUGCUCUUAAAUGCUAAGCCAUCUUUUCAGCCUCCCUAAAUUUAUUCCUUUUUUGUUUUGUUUUGUUGCUUUUUGUUUUUUUGAGACGGGGUUUCUCUGUGUAGCCCUGGCUGUCCUGGAACUCACUCUAUAGACCAGGCUGGCCUCGAACUCAGAAAUCCGCCUGCCUCUGCCUCCCGAGUGCUGAGAUUAAAGGCGCCUAAUUUAUUCUUGUUUCUUCUUUGUUCACAACUACUUAACAAACCACAACCAACAACCCCUCCACUCCCAGGAGCCUGGACAUUUAUUUAUAUAACAUCUGAAAAGCCCCCAGAAUUCCCAAGGUCACAGUCUCAAACUAUCUGCAGAUGGCAAAAUCACACCCCUGCUACAGCAUGAAGCAAAUCCUAGCUGCUGUGGACAGCCUGAAGCAGCCCAUAUUUCACACCUGGAAUUAAAAUGAAAACAUACUCCCAUAAUAUUUCUAUGUUUUUCAAAGAAAUCAAAAUUUUUGCUACAGAGUCGUGACCCCUUGGGUGUCAAAAGACCCUUUCACAGGGAUUGCCUAAGACCAUCAGAAAAAAUAUAUAUUUACUUUAUGAUUCAUAAUAGUAGCAAGAUUAUAAAGUAAUGAUGAAAAUAACUUUAUGGUUUGGGGUCACCACAACAUAAGGUUAUUAUUCAAGGGUUGCAGCAUUACAAAGGUUGAGAACCACUGACAUAGAGGUAGCAGAUCUGUGAGUUUGGAACCAGCCUGGUCUACAUAGCA